AAAUAAAAAAUAAAUCUUCCAGAAUGGUAGAAAAAUCAAGUUCAAAGCAGAAACUACAUCAACAAACGGCCACUAUGAAUAUGCAGGAAAGUGAAAACAUGGCAAACACAUAGUAUUUGCAGACUGAUAAAUAGACAAGGAAAAGUAGAAGAUACAGAUGACUAAUGCAGAACUGUGCACCAGUGAAGCAGUCAGAGACUUGUGCGCAAAAGGGGGGAGGUCAGAUUCACAUUUUGGGGCGUGCCCCUCCAAAAAAAAAAGAAAAAACUGAGUUCCUCCUUGAGAAAUUGCAACGCCACUGAUCUGAGUCAGAGAUCAAGAGCAGCAGGAGCUGCAAUAGUCUGUGGGCCACUUCUGGUGUAAGAGACUUCUCUAAGGGACUUGACACCAAACUUCAAGCCUGCCGUCACCUUCAAAGAAACAGUUACAGAUCCAAAAUGGAGAGCUUCAGCUCAAAAAACAUGGCUAUGAAGGCCCAGAAAAAGAUCCUCAGUCACAUGGCCAGCAAGUCCGUGGUGCACAUGUUCAUCGACGACACGAGCAGCGAGAUCCUGGACGAACUCUACCGGGUGUCGAAGGAGCACACAGGCAAUCGCAAUGAGGCCCAGAAAGUGGUCAAGAACCUAAUCAAAGUGGCGGUGAAGGUGGGAGUGCUCUUCCGCCACAACCGGUUCAGCGCCGACGAGCUAUCGCUAGCCCAGGAGUUCAAGAAGAAGCUUCAUCAUGGAGUGAUGACGACCAUCAGCUUUCAAGAAGUAGAGUUCACCUUUGACAAGGCGAUCAUGAUAGACAACUUGGUCAUAUGUCGGGACAUAUUACUGCAGUUGGUUGAGAAGCACCUAACACCGAAAUCCCUUGACCGCAUCCGCCACGUCUUCAACCACUAUGCUGAUCCCGAUCUAUUAACCAACCUCUACAACCCAGAGGGGCCGCUGAGGUCAAACCUGACGAAAAUCUGUGCGGGCCUCAACAAACUGAUCGAAGAGGGCAAGCUCUGAAUAACAGGCUUUCUGUCCAGGGACCUGAUUAAUCUGACAGUGACAGCAAAGAUGAACAGGGAAGCAAGGGAGUUGGCACUUGAGUUCAAGAGAUCACCACGUUGACACCCCAGCUGAAACCACUUCUAGCAUUUGGCCUGUAUUGAUUAUCGAGAGGCAAUCCCCACUCAGAUCAGCGCAGCCAGUGUCGAGGAGGGUUAAGGCAGGGAUCAAAGUCCGACCGAGGAGAGAAGGGUGUGCAGUGCAAUAACCUAGACGUGUCCUGAAAUGCUCGUCAAAUCCAUCUGACUAGGAGUGAAUGCUGGACUCGCCCAUUAAGAACUGAGGGCCAAGGCGUACUGGAAGUGUUUUGGGGUAGUUGUAGGUGUUUACUGUAAAGGACAUGUAAAUUGUAGAUUAGUUUAUCAUCUGUAAAAUGACAGAUUCACUCAGUGCUCUACACAGUGUAAUAAUGCCUUCCUGUAGAUGGCAGUUUUACUCCCAUUUUCAAUAGACAGUAUUCAUAUCUACAGUUCUUUAACAGAUCUAAUUAGUAUUACAUUGCCAAUUUUGUUCAACUAUUUUCAUUUACCGGUAUUCAAAGUUUAAUUAAGUUUAGUUUUUAUGUUACGUUUAUGCCAAAAUAAUGUAUUGUUUAGCUGGACUGUCAUGGCUGUCACAUGCACUAUAAACUGGCUGCUUCCUGCAAUGGGAACCUUUUCUGUGAAUUGCUUUGGAUGUAAGACUCAUCUAAAUCAAUACUUGUCAAAAUGAAUAUAAUGAAUAGGUGAAAACAUUGAAAACAUUGCCCUGCUUAUCUGACUAAUUACACAAUUUGUGGCUGUUUGCCUACUCACACAAGGACAAGGCAGUGGGGAUCUUAAAACCGCUACUGUAAAGGGGAUAACUGGAAUCAUCUGUGGGCUUGAGAGAAGGAAAUACAUAUUUGCAAGUGGGCAAAAUGCAAAAAAAAGUUGUUGAGCAACUAAGGGCAUGAAACCGACAACACUUUAAAUGAAACCAUGUUAGUUUUACGUAAGGAUAUGUUUCUAUUUAGCUCUUGCGAAACAUGUCAUUUCCUGUGCUGUGUCCUCAUCAGGAAAUGAUAUGUAUCUAGCCCAUUAUUCAAGAUUCAAGAUAAAAUACUUUAUUUACCAUUUGCUGAGGUACAAAGGCAUUGGGUCUCUCAGUCACAUAGAAAUAAUUACAACCCUCUCAUGCAUGAAGUAUGACAGAAAUUAUACUGCUUUUUUAAAGAUUGUUUUUAUUACUCAAAAUUGUGCCAAAAUUAGAAGUCUGUUUUUAUUUGAUUACUGUGGACACCAUACAACAAAGGAACACAUAGUAGGGUAGACUAUAGAUCCACAGCUGACAAUAAGGAAUACUUCAAGAGUAUGUUGAAUAAAAACACAAUAUGUCUGUG